AUGCCUCGUCUGUCCGCGGUAAUAACACAAGACGAGUGCUUGUACGAUGACCGCUGGACAAAAGAAGCCGACAAUCUUUUUAUUGACCUUCUAAUGGAGGCAAAUUCUGUGGGUGAUUGGAAAUAUGGGAGACCCGUUAACUCAGUUUUUUAUUACUGUAGGUUGGGCAUGAAGGCAGCAUUGGACCUAAACUUUAGCCUUUGUGAUGUUGAGUUGCGGUUUGAUUUUCUCCACAAACGGUAUAGUGUUUUCAGUUGGAUGCUUCGCAAACACGGCUUACGGCAUUGGGUGAAAUCAAACGUCUUGACGGCACCCGUCGCUGUUUGGGAAGACAUAUUCGAGUCCAACUCAUUUAGUGUGGCCUAUCAACAUUAUAGCGAUCCUCGUUGGAAUAAGCUUAAGUUUUUUUUCUCUUUGGUAUAUUUGGCCUCCUCAGACUGUGCAAUUGUUCCAGACUUCCAUUCUACUAAUGAACAUGUCGUCUCCGUGCUGAUUGACACAUCAGACCUCUUGUCUGAACCAUCAAACAAUAAUGUCGUCAUUCAAUGUCCCACGGCAAACAGUUUUAAACGAGGUAUGAGGCCACGGGAACGUGAUGUGUCUUCCGAGUGCUCAGUAAAUACUCAGGCACACCUUUUGAAUCCAAUGCGUGGGAGUCUAACCCCUAUGCGCAUUCCUUGCCCUCCUCGUAAAAGUGCCCCGUCCUUGUGCAAGGGAUCUUCUAGCGAUCCACGCAUUUGA